GGCUCUUCACGUUCUCCCCGCUCAGCCUCCCGCCGCCCGCCGAGCGCCGCCACCACCACCGGCACCACGGCGAGCCCGCCGCGCACAAGGCGAGGCGCGGCAGCCCCGCGGACGGCGCGGCGGGGCGGCCCAGCCAGCGAGAAACUCCUGACGAAAAUGGCAAAACCCAGCGAGCUGACAGUCUUAUUAUGAAGAAGAUAAAGAAGAAAAAGAAAAAGAAACACCGGGAAGAUGUGAGGGGGAAACGCCUGAAGAUGUACAACAAGGAAGUGCAGACCGUGUGCGCUGGGCUCACUCGCAUCGACAAAGAGGCCCUGUCUCAAGGACAGUGUGACAGCUUGGAAAUGAACAAGGAAUCCUUCAGGUACCUGAAGGAUGAGCAGCUCUGCAGACUGAAUUUGGGGAUGCAGGAGUAUCGGAUACCCCAGGGAGUACAAACACCGUUUGUGACGCACCAGGAGCACUCUGUUCGCAGCAGCUUCCUGAAAACUGGCACUAAAUUUAGUAACUUCAUUCACGAGGAACACCAGUCCAAUGGAGGUGCUCUGGUCCUGCAUGCCUACAUGGAUGAACUCUCAUUUUUGUCUCCAGUGGAGAUGGAGAGGUUUGCAGAAGAGUUUCUUGCGUUGUCAUUCAGUGAAAAUGAUAAAAAUGCAGCUUACUAUGCCUUAGCCAUAGUACACGGAGCAGCUGCUUAUUUACCAGACUUCCUGGAUUACUUUGCUUUUAACUUUCCUAACACUCCAGUGAAAAUGGAAAUUUUGGGCAAGAAGGACAUUGAAACAACAACAAUUUCAAAUUUUCAUUCUCAGGUCAAUCGGACGUACUGCUGUGGCACCUACAGAGCGGGACCCAUGCGGCAGAUCAGCCUGGUCGGAGCGGUGGAUGAAGAAGUGGGGGACUACUUCCCAGAAUUUCUAGAUAUGUUGGAAGAAUCUCCAUUUCUUAGAAUGACUCUGCCCUGGGGGACUCUUUCCAGUCUCAGACUUCAGUGCAGGUCCCAGAGCGAUGACGGGCCCAUCAUGUGGGUGAGACCAGGAGAGCAGAUGAUCCCCACAGCUGACAUGCCAAAAUCGCCCUUCAAACGGCGCCGGUCAAUGAACGAGAUAAAGAACCUGCAGUACCUACCUCGGACCAGCGAGCCCCGCGAGGUGCUGUUUGAGGACAGGACGAGAGCUCACGCUGACCACGUGGGGCAGGGCUUUGACUGGCAGAGCACGGCUGCUGUCGGGGUCCUGAAGGCUGUGCAGUUUGGGGAAUGGAGUGACCAGCCUCGUAUAACCAAAGAUGUGGUUUGUUUUCAUGCUGAAGACUUCACUGAUGUUGUGCAGAGACUUCAGCUGGACCUACAUGAACCUCCAGUGUCACAGAUCGGGGCCUACGACCAGCAGAUAUGGGAGAAGGCCGUGGAGCAGACCCAGAUGAAGGUACCGGCGGCGGGGGCCGGGGAGCGGGGCAGGCCCGGGCCCCUCGCCGCUGACCCGGCCGCGUGUCCCGCCCCGCAGGGCUUCAAGAACAAACCCAAGAAGAAGGGGCACAUCCAGCCCGACCUCAUCGACGUGGAUCUGAUCAGCGGCUCUACCUUCGCCAAAGCCAAGCCUGAAAUUCCCUGGACGUCGCUAACACGGAAGGGCAUUGUGAGAGUUGUGUUUUUCCCCUUGUUCAGCCAGUGGUGGAUACAGGUCACUUCCCAGAGGAUCUUCACGUGGCUCCUGGUGCUCUAUGUUAUGCAAGUGGUGGCGGUGCUGCUGUACCUGCUGGUGCCCGCCGGCAGUGCCAGCGAGGUGCUGUGCCCGCUGUGCCUGAUGCUGCUGCUGGGGACGGUUCACUGCCAGAUCGUGUCCACGCAGCUCAACAGACCCGCGGGCAGCAACGGGCUGAGCCGGCGCCGCAGGAAAUUACGCAAAUCUGUGGGCGUGGAUGGGAACAGUUGGUCUUCUGACAAAAGCAGCAAGGAAGAGCAGUCUGGCUCUGCCUCAGUCCUUACCAAUUUAUCCAGCCUGCUUUUCCAGAGGAGGAACAGAAGAGUGAAGUUGGUAGCUGAGAAAGGGACCGAGACAGAGAGUGGUGUGAGUGUUGUGAGUGAUGGCAUUAAACCCAGACAGGCCAGAUCUGAGCACAGGCUGCUGCACUCCAAAGAGAAAAGUAAACUCUCUGACGGGGAGAAGAGCCAGCAGGAUGAGGUCACCAACAGGGACGGCAUUUCGGACGAGCUGUCGAGCGAGGAGGACGCCGAGGCCGUGGCACAAAGGGUGCUGUUACGCCGGAGCAUGGAAGGGGCCUCCAGUGACAACAGCUACGAGGAGAAGAAAAAGAGGCCUCUGCCUUCUCUGAACCAGGCUGUCUCACAGGUCAAGCAAGCCCUGAAAGGUGCCAGAGACUCCGACAGCGUGGUGGAAUCGGAACUGGAAUCCACGUUAUAUAUUCAGGACUCGAGGCCCUGCCUUGGGGUGGGGUCCCGGAGCUGCAGCGUGAGCCGGCGGGACUCGGAGAGCACCCGGCAGGACUCGGAGACCGAGGACAUGCUGUGGGAUGAUCUCCUGCACGGCCCCGAGUGCCGCUCCUCCUGCACCAGCGACAGCGACGACGCGGCCCUCAGGGACCCCCGCAGGGACCUCAAGGAGGACGUUUUCCAGCAGAACCAUUUGUUCUGGCUGCAGAACACCAGCCCAGCAUCUGCCAAAGUGAGUGCUCUGAUCUGGGAAGGGAACGACUGCAAGAAGGUGGACAUGUCCGUGCUGGAGAUCAGUGGGAUUAUCAUGAGCAGGGUGAAUGCCUACCAGCAAGGAGUGGGGUAUCAAAUGCUGGGAAACAUCAUCACCAUCGGGUUGGCGUUCCUGCCGUUCCUCUACAGACUCUUCCGCAUGGAUAACCUGGAGCAGCUCUGCUCCAUUUCCCUCAAGGAGCUCCUGUACAUCUUCUGUGGAGCCCCUGCCAGCGCCCCUGUCAUUGUCCUGUCUGCCAUCAACUUCCUGGAAAGGCUGUGCUUGACUUGGAUGUUUUUCUUCAUGAUGUGUGUUGCUGAGAGAACCUACAAACAGAGGUUUUUGUUUGCCAAGCUUUUCAGCCACAUCACAUCUGCUCGGAAAGCCAGGAAAUACGAAAUUCCUCACUUCAGGCUCAAGAAGGUGGAGAACAUCAAGAUCUGGUUAUCCCUUCGCUCCUACCUGAAGAGACGAGGCCCCCAGAGGUCUGUGGAUGUUGUCGUGUCCUCAGUCUUUUUACUGGCUCUUUCAAUUGCUUUUAUAUGCUGUGCUCAGGUUCUUAAGGGCCACAAAACCUUCCUGAGUGCAGCUUACAACUGGGAGUUCCUGAUGUGGGAGGCAGCACUUCUUCUGUUUUUACUACGUCUGGCAUCCCUGGGCUCUGAAACCAACAAGAAAUACAGUAACAUUUCCAUCUUGCUCACUGAGCAGAUAAACUUGUACCUGAAGAUGGAGAAGAAGCCAAACAAGAAGGAGCAGCUGUCUCUGGUAAACAAUGUCCUGAAACUGUCCACAAAGCUGCUGAAGGAACUGGAUAGUCCCUUCAGGCUGUAUGGACUGACCAUGAACCCCCUGAUCUACAACAUCACACGGGUUGUCAUCCUCUCUGCUGUCUCAGGAGUUAUCAGUGACCUUCUAGGGUUCAAUAUCAGAUUAUGGAAAAUUAAACCAUGAACCGACAGAACCUCAGCCCUGGGCAUCUCCACCAGAGAGAAGAGAACCUCAGGUGUGGGCAGAAAGCAGAAAACUGAUGGCAGUCUGUAAUUACAGCUUUCAAACAGAUUCUCAGUGUAUGUAUCAGAAGUUUUCUUUCUGCUUUACCGUUCUACACCACCCAGAACCAACUGGUCUCAUCAGUGAGCUCAUCCCAUGGCAUGCACACAGAAAAACUGCAUUAAUGGGGCCAAAUCCUGACAGCUGGCACUGACACCAGCAGGAACUGGUGUGGGACAUCAAACCCUGAAGCCAUAGAGGAGCUGCAGCUGGAGGGACACCGAUGGCUGUGACUGGUGCCACGUUUCUGCAAAACCUGACUCCUGGGAUGUGACAAGGAGGGAGUCAGCCCUCCCAUCCCAGUCAGCCUUCCUGGAGCUACACUGGAAUAUUUCAGCUGGAUCAUCCUCAGCUGCACUGGUCUGGCUGUGCUGAGGAGAGUCUCAAAUCCUCAAAAGCUCCACGUGCUUGAGGCUUUGCCUCUGUCCUGAACCACUGCAGGAUGGGAAUUCCACCUCGGGAUGGGAACUCCACCCCUCCCUGCUGCCACUCCAGCAAUACCAGAGUCCUGCUGUUGGCUCAGGCCGGGUCUGCUGCGAAGAAAUGAUGAGUAUUUUUGUGAAAACAUUAAUUACAGGAGAAAAACCUCUCAACAAAUACCACAAGGAAAGUGUUUAUGAGCCGUAGAACAUUUUUUUGCCAGGUCUGUUCCCUGGAACACUCAGCUCCAUCCUGUCCUGCCUGAGAACAGCUUUGGCAAAGACCUCCUCAGGUUAAUGUUUAGAAAGGGCAGAGGAGAGAAAGAAAACCUUUUAAAGCUUCUGUUACAUUUCCCUUUACUGGCUCUAUCAGCUUCUAUUUAUUAGUAAUGAAAAGAGCAAAAACUGAGGAACUUUUCAGAGCUUCAUUCUUUCACAGGAGGGUAAGAUGGCAGAAGGAUUUUUGGUAGUAAAUUGUUUACAGCUAUUUUCUGUACAAGGAAAAGUUGUGAGAUGUAAAAGGAGAUGACAGUUUUAUAUAGCAAAAUGUACAAAUAAACCUACAGGAGAAGUAUUUCAUCAUUA